UGUUUUAAGUCUUCAUAAGUCAUAGUGUCCCAUGACUGCUGACCUUUUUUGAAUUUUAUUUUAUUUUUAAAGAACACACCCAUGGGCUACUCGUGUUGUCCUUGGGGCUAACUAGUGCCUGCUGGCACCAUUUUGUUUUUAAGGCCAAUGCAUAUUAAUCAUAGCAAAAAGUCUUUGCAGCGUUGCAGUCUUUCAUCUUGCUCCUUCCAUGGUUUGCAUGUCGGCCUCAGAAAGUUAACACAAGGGUUGAACUAGAUGCAUUUCAUGAGACUCAUCCAAACUUCUGUUUUGACUGUCGCUGAGAACUGGCCCCAUGCUGUCAUUCGAGUGAACCACGAUACCAUCAGUCACUGCGAUGAUUCAAUGACUUUUUUUUUUUCCCCAAGUCAGCUGGUCUUGUUGAUAACCACACGCACACACUGAACUUCGACCGUUGCUACUGCAGAGUUUGUGAGAGCUACGCCUGCGACUCGCAGCACAUUGCUGCUUACGGAUCCACAUCUGGAUUCAUUCUGACACCAUCUUCUCAAGGACCAUGUCGACCUCCGUGCAGGUGGAAGCGCCAGUGGAGAGGAAGUACGGAGGAGUGGGCCGUUGCAAGUGCUCCUUCUGGUUUGCCGUGGCCCACGACAUCCUCGGCGUGCUCAUCAUGAUGGUGGGGGUGUUCGGGGGUCUGGCUAUCCACGACCUUUUCAUCUACGCCGGCGCCAUCGUCAUCUUCCUCAGCCUCAUCUGGUGGGUCUUCUGGUACUCUGGCAACAUCGAGGUGCCGCCCGAGGAGCUGGAGGACGACGUGGGCCUCAUCAAGCCGAGGAAUAAAGGACUGAGCCGAGUGAUGAGACGCGUGUCCGACCAGUUCUCCAGCGGGAUCCGGAACUCCCUGAGAAAGAAUGUCGCUUCGACCAGAGAAUGUUCGGCGGGAAAGAGACCCCGAAAUACCGAGGCAUUGUCGCUCUUCACGAUAUAUGACAGCAGCAUGAGCUCAUCGUCAAAGCAACUUGUGAGAGAGACACUGUCAAUAUGAACUAAUCCUUGACAUCAACAUCCAAAACUUUUAUCGGGCCAAGACACAUGCAAAAGAUGUGUAAUCAUCAUCAAGCUUGAUUAGGAAAUGUCUUUUGAGAUGAUGUCACAUAGAUUUACACAAAGCGGUCCCUGGAGAGAAACUAGACCUUGGGUCAAGGAGCUUCGGGACGUACGGCAAGGAAACUGUAAGUCCUGAAUCUCAAGACAAUGUUCACGGUAGAUAAAAGGUAAAGAUUUUUUUUUUUUUUUUGCUUUUAUUUAUGUUGACCGUUCCAUUAUUCAUCUUUCAAUGUGAAAGAAGAAACCAAGCUGAAUUUUGGAUUCGCACCCUUGUCAAGGU